AAGGCUCCUGCCGCCAGUCGCCGCAGUGACUGCCGGGAUGCGCCGCAGCGAAUGGUCGCGCGGGGCGCCGCUCUGAGUGACCUUUCACCCGCGCCCAGCGGCCUCGGGUGGCGGCACAAGGCGGAAGCCAUGGCGGAGGCGGCGGGCGAGGCGGGCGCGAGCGAGCGGGAUACAGACGCGGGCCGUGCGCGCCGGCGGCUGCGGGUUCUGUCGGGCCAUCUGCUGGGCCGGCCCCAGGAGGCUCCGAGUACCAAUGAGUGCAAAGCGCGGAGAGCCGCGUCGUCGGCCGGGGCGUCGCCCGCCGCCACUCCUGCCGCGCCAGAGUCGGGCACCAUCCCCAAGAAGCGGCAAGAAGUUAUGAAAUGGAAUGGAUGGGGCUAUAAUGAUUCCAAGUUCUUAUUGAAUAAGAAGGGCCAGGUUGAGCUGACUGGGAAAAGGUAUCCUCUCAGUGGCUUGGCUUUACCAACUUUGAAAGACUGGAUCCAAAACACCCUUGGAGCAAGUCUGGAGCAUAAAACUACCUCUAAAACAUCCAUAAAUCCUAGUGAAGCACCUCCUUCUAUUGUGAAUGAAGAUUUCCUUCAGGAACUUAAAGAAGCUCAUAUUUCAUACUCACAGGAAGCAGAUGAUCGCGUGUUUAGAGCUCACGGUCAUUGUCUUCAUGAGAUAUUUUUGCUCAGAGAAGGGAUGUUUGAGCGGAUUCCUGAUAUAGUUGUAUGGCCAACGUGUCAUGAUGAUGUAGUUAAGAUUGUGAAUCUAGCAUGCAAAUAUAACCUUUGUAUCAUACCAAUUGGUGGAGGAACAAGUGUUUCCUAUGGCUUGAUGUGUCCUGCAGAUGAGACAAGAACAAUAAUUUCUUUGGACACUUCACAAAUGAACCGGAUUCUCUGGGUUGAUGAGAACAAUCUGACAGCUCACGUAGAGGCUGGGAUAACUGGACAAGAUUUGGAAAGACAGCUUAAAGAAAGUGGUUAUUGUACAGGUCAUGAACCGGACUCCCUGGAAUUCAGCACUGUGGGAGGAUGGAUAUCUACUCGAGCAUCAGGCAUGAAGAAAAAUAUCUAUGGCAAUAUUGAGGACCUGGUAGUUCAUAUGAAAAUGGUAACACCUAGAGGUGUAAUAGAAAAAAGCUCCCAAGGACCUCGAAUGUCAACAGGCCCAGAUAUUCAUCACUUCAUCAUGGGAUCUGAAGGAACUCUUGGUGUAAUAACAGAAGCUACAAUAAAAAUCAGACCAACCCCUGAAUACCAAAAGUAUGGCUCAGUGGCUUUCCCUAAUUUUGAACAAGGUGUAGCCUGUUUAAGAGAAAUUGCAAAGCAGAGAUGUGCUCCUGCAUCUAUCCGCCUUAUGGACAACCAGCAGUUUCAGUUUGGUCAUGCUCUUAAACCUCAGGUCUCCUCUAUUUUUACAUCAUUUUUGGAUGGAUUAAAAAAGUUUUAUAUUACAAAGUUUAAAGGAUUUGAUCCAAAUCAAAUAAGUGUAGCCACAUUACUGUUCGAGGGAGACCGUGAGAAGGUUCUUCAGCACGAAAAACAGGUGUAUGACAUCGCAGCAAAAUUUGGUGGUCUGGCAGCUGGAGAAGAUAACGGACAGAGGGGUUAUUUGCUGACUUAUGUCAUUGCAUACAUGCGUGAUUUGGGUUUGGAAUACUAUAUAAUAGGAGAAUCUUUUGAGACUUCUGCUCCUUGGGACAGGGUUAUAGAUCUGUGUAGAAAUGUAAAAGAGAGGAUAAGAAGGGAAUGCAAAGAAAGGGGAGUUCAGUUCGCACCUCUUUCUACGUGCAGGGUGACGCAGACUUACGAUGCAGGUGCAUGUAUCUACUUCUAUUUUGCCUUUAACUACAGGGGAAUUAGUGACCCACUGACUGUGUUUGAACAGACUGAGGCAGCUGCUAGAGAUGAAAUCCUUGCCAAUGGAGGGAGCCUGUCACAUCACCAUGGAGUGGGCAAGUUACGAAAGCAGUGGCUAAAGGAGAGCAUCUCUGAUGUCGGCUUUGGGAUGCUAAAGUCUGUCAAAGAAUAUGUGGACCCAAGUAACAUCUUUGGAAACAGAAACCUUUUAUAACUCCAUUAAUAUCAUUAUGAAAAAAUGUUACCUUUUAAAAGUCAUCAGCUAUGGUUAUACCAGUAAUCGAAUAUAUCAUGGGACUGUAUUUCAGCUACAUUUGUUUGUUGGUUUAAAAUGAGUUGGUUAUGUUCUAUGCUUUGUUUCUACAUCUAUAGAUUGACAGAUGGCGUUCCUGGGUCUCAUUGUAGGUGUACCAGUUUAUAGCCAACUAGCUGGUUGUCAUUUCAGAUUUUAGUCAGGCAGCACAGGCUGCCCAUUAUCUGAGGAAGAUGCUGCCAGCUGUUCUACAAGCUCCUCCUCUGGGUGAGCCGAGGCAGACGCUGUCAUCCGUGCUCAUCUAGCCUCCCUUCUGUUCUGUCCUUUCUUAAACAUUUCUCUAAGGCAGGUAAUCUAGUAAAGAUUCUGCUGGUGAGAGAUAUUUGUGUAUGUUGUUAAAAGCAUACUUUCCUGUGAGUAGGUCAUUGGGGAGGACACUCCUGACAGAGCUGGUGGUCUGUUACUAGCAUGCCUUCAUCUGUAUAAGGUGCUCAGCCUAAGCUUUGCUUGAAAUGCAUACAUGUUACAAACUUAAAUUGCCAACAUAUAAAUUACUCUGUGAGCAGACACAUUUUUGUCCUCUGUGUCUGUUUCUAGAAGGGUUUGAGCUGUAUUUGUAUCACUGAAGUGUCACCUAUAGCUGUGUCCUGGAUCAUUCAUAACGUGAUUUGUAAGAACAGCUGACCUACUGCACGUGAGGGCAGGUUGAACCAGGAAGUGAAGGCCACUGUCCCUCCUCCAGUCCCCAGGUGUCUUCUGUCCCGUGCUUGAUAAGCUGCACAGGCAGCUGCAGCAUGAACAAAAGAACGGCUCCUCUGGAACCUGCCGUCUCCAGUUUAAAGAAUUACUUGGCUAAUGAAAUAGUCAUUAGUUGACUCAAAGCCUCAAUAAUUUCAAUGACAAUAAUCUUCUUUUUCUAAUUAGCCACAAAUAGCCUGAUAAAUUUUCAUGGAAAAAUAGUUUCAGUUUAAUUCUUAAUAAUAGUUUAAUGCUUUUUUGAAUUACUGGUUUAACCUAAAUUUAAAAAAAAAGUAUAUUACUGCAUAUGCCAUAAUCACAAGUUUGAAAUAUACUAUUUCUUAAAUAAAAAGGAGAACAUUAAUCACAUUUAGCAGACAUUUUUACAUUCAAAACUGGAUAUUGAGAUAAGUGGAACAAUUGCUUUAAAUCACUGUCUGUUGAGGUUCCUGAGUCACAUUUGAAAUGGGUUCUUUUCUUAAUGCAAUACCUAACUUUUGAUAAUUUUUUAAAAUUAAUAUUUAAUCAGAUAAUGUAAGUCAAAAUGCAGACGAUCCUUUAAAAGGACACACUGUCUGUCUAUGUAGCAACAGCUCCAGAUAUGUUGGGGCAGUUUGAUACCUUUUAUAUCUUAAGUAGCCUUAAACAGAACAGUGAAAAUUUAAAAUUGACAAAAUAUUUUUAAGACUUCAAAAUGGUAAAUAAUUUUUAACUAUUAUAAUUGGCCUCAAACUAACAAAUUUAAAUCUGUAGGAAAAUCAAUAUUAAGUAUUAAGUUAACAACAAAAACUCAAUAUUUAUUUUUUGGAAGCUGCCUUUUUAUUGAUGAUUUAUUUUUAAUUAUAAAAUUUCAUCAGAUCUCUGAUUAAAGACUUUGAUGGUUUGAAAUAGCUGGAUACUCAAGGAAAUGCCUUUAGAAUUAUAAGAUUCUUUAUAAAAUGUGUCUUCAUGAAGGUGAUUCUCUAAUUGGUAAUUGAAAUGUAACAUUUAGUAAGACUCUAGUGCUGGGAGGUGGUGGCCCACGCCUUUAAUCCCAGCACUUGGGAGGCAGAGGUAGGUGGAUUUCUGAGUUCGAGGCUGGCCUAGUCUACAGAGUGAGUUCCAGGAUAGCCAGAGCUACACAGAGAAACCCUGUCUCAAAAAAAAACCACCCCCCCCCCCAAGAAAAAGUAAGACUCCAGCAUUUCACUGGAAGAGUCUACGUGUUUCCAAGUAGUCGUUUUAAUAAUUUCAUCAGCAGGUCCAGUUCUGUGCAUGUGAUUGUUAAAACGUUUUUUCUCAAGGAUCAGCUUUUCAUAGCCUCAGCGAUCUGUACUGUAAUCGUGAGUGACACCUGAAGUGGCUGGGGUGGCUCCCUGCACUUCAUGAGCUUUGUGGCAGUCGGCGGUUUAUGUCUUUGCUUCCCUUUUCUGUGUAUGGAGGCCUCACCAACCGUGAUUCUAUAAUGGUUCCUACAUUUUGCAUUUCAAAUAAUUUUUACAGGGAUCAUUUUGGAACACAAGAAUGUUCAUUAGUAGUAUUUCACUCUGACUGUAAAGCAGGAAGCCUUGCCACCCACUUCUGGGAGGUGCCAUCAAUGCAGACUGUGUCUGCGGAGGAACAUGAGUUCACGAGCAUGCACAAAGCACUUAAACCUUAUCUCUUCCUUCAGAAGUGUCUGCACAUGGCUUCAUGGAGCUAAGUCCAGGAAAACAUUGUCAUCUGAAGCAUCUUAACUCAAAGAUUAGUUUCUUUAAAAGAUGUAGCCUGUUGGAUAUCAGAAGCCCAUAACACUGACUUGUCCUUCCUAAGUCAUAUGUGUGAUAUUUUGCUUAAAUCUGACGAUGUCACAUGCAGGUUGGACUUUCAGUGGGAAUGGGAACUUGCUGCUAGUGAAAAAUGGAGUCAAAUACUAAAGACUCAACAGACAGGUGUAUUGACCUUGGAGAAACUGCUGCAUCCAUGUGUGGUGUGAUGUGUACUGGGCAUAAGUGAAUUGAGUCUUACGCUAUGAUCCUUGAGCAUCUCAGUUAGCUGAAUUGUGGAGACCAGCAUUUUAUCACAGAAUAAAGGAUUAAACUAUGCUCUUUUUAGAAAUGGUGGGUUGUUACUCAGAAUGCUUACAUAUGAUAGGAUUAUUGACCUGAGGGUAUUUAUGAAUCUGGAAGCCUUCUAGGAUGCAUAUUUGUGUUGUUGAUAUAUUUUGGGAAACAAAAGCUCAAUAAAAAACAAGCUUCCUUUGGUGUGUAUAUUAUAUCACAUAUAAACACAUGUAAGAACGCUCCCUUUCCCUCCAGAAUACUGUAACAGUCCUAGUUUGCAUAUUUGAAAAGCUGUUCUGCAUGUUAAUCCCAGAGAUAUUUCUUUGUCAUACUCUUUCAUACCAACAGCUUCUAAGUGUAACUGAUCAGAGAAACCUUGAUUUCCUAACCUGAAGUGUGUUCUCCAAAUGGCCAGCUUUGGUAGCACUGUCAGAACACAGGGAUGCAGAGGGGGUGCCUCACACCAUGCAGUCACGACCCUUGAGGCGGCCUCAGAUGCUGUGUGUGGAAGGCGUAGCUCCAGUUUGAGGAGCAUAAGACAUGGGGUCAGUCGUUUUAGUAAUUUUGAGGGGUUUUUUUGUUUUUUUUUUUU